AUGGCCGCAGCAUUCAACAUUCGUCGACCGUUGAGAGCCCUAAGUUCGCUCAUCAGUCGCAAGCGGAGGGAACUGGAUCCAACGCAACUGAACAAAUCCUUGUCAACCAGGCUUCUCGAGGUAUUUCUGCGCACAUGGGAUCUCGGGCUUACUGCCUUCGGUGGACCGCCGGUUCACUUUCAAAUCAUAUACGGUCGUUUUGUGGAGGGGAAAGGCGGCAACAAAUGGAUCGAUGAACAAACGUAUCAGGAACUGUUCGCUGUCUGCCAAGGACUGCCGGGACCAGCGAGCACGAAGAUGAUCUUUUGUAUCACGUUGUUGCAUGCUGGAUUCAUUCCAGCGCUGUUUGUCUUCAUCCUUUGGAGCUUCCCAGGAGCUCUCGCAAUGUACGGCCUGUCUCUUGGAGUGCAGCGGAUGAGCGAAAUCCUUCCCUCUCCUGUAUAUGCACUGCUUUCUGGGCUCAACGCUUCAACCGUAGGAAUCAUCGCCCUGGCGGCAGUCCAGCUUGCCGAAAAAGCAAUCAAAGACAAGAUCACACGUAUCCUCGUCAUCUUUGGAGCAUGUGCAGGGGUGUGUCACAAUGCGCUUUUUUACUUUCCGGUCCUCAUGAUCAUUGGAGGUCUUGCUACCUUUCUAUGGGAUGGCCACUUGAAGCCGCAGAUUGUAAAGUAUAAAGCACGUCGUCGCCUCCGGCGUUCUCAAGAUGAGUUUAGUGAGGAUACAGCGAAUGAUAAUGCUGUUCCGCUGGAGGACACUUCUUCCUUACCAAACGUGGCCCAUCGGAGGAACAAUGCUAUUUCAUCUAGGCAGUCAGCCCCGCAUGGGAGUUCAGCCCACGAACUGUCGGAAGCGCCUGUCCAAAAAGACCAUACAAUACGGAUCCGGUUGGGAGUUCCUAUUAUCAUUGCCUUCUUCGCUUCCUUCAUCGCGGUACUUCUCGUCCGUGGUCUGCUACGUCCGUUACCACUUAGCUUUUCGCUCUUUGCAAACAUGUACCUUGCAGGUACCAUUAUCUUCGGAGGAGGACCGGUCGUUAUUCCGCUACUUCGUUCCUACGUUGUGGAUCCAGGAUGGGUCUCUGGCCGUGACUUUCUCUUGGGAUUGGCAAUUAUCCAGGCGCUUCCGGGUCCGAACUUCAAUUUCGCGGUGUAUCUUGGAGCUCUCACCUUGCAGCGGAGCCAAUAUCCCACGGUUAUCGGUUCUCUAAUCGCCUUCGUUGGAAUCUUCUUCCCUGGGUUGGCACUGGCCGUGGCUGUGCAAGGGUUCUGGCGAGUGAUGCGAACAAAUCCAGGGGUACUGAAUGUGCUCCGAGGGGUUAACGCGACUGCGGUUGGGUUGGUGUUCACUGCGGUAUAUAGGCUGUGGGAGAUUGGUUAUUUGACUCCUGAAGUGAACAGUGGUCGAAGUCUCGCUCUCAACCCUUGGUGGGUUGUGGUCGCCACGGUUACCUAUGCUGAAAGUGCAUGGUUCAAAGUACCACCACCGCUCGCUAUCGUCAUCGGUGCGGUACUCGGUCUGUGUUGGUAUGGAGCGGUGGGGAGAUGA